AUGCUUUGGGAUGACAUCGAGCGCGAUUUUCCACAAACGGCUCCCAGAAACUUGGGGAACAUGGGCUACUUUGGAAAGACCUCCUUGUUCUUGCCAGCAAGCGUGCAACAAGCUGCCUAUAGCGCAGAAGGCUUGAUCCUGGAGUUCUACCGUGGCUUCAACGUCUCGUGGACUGACCCGUCCAAGUACUUCGAAGCGCCCAGCAUCCUGGACACUGCCCUUUUGAAGAGGUGCAAUGAAACCAGGAUGAUGACCUCACAGGCCAUGGAGUUGUAUGCCAACUUGACGGGUGACUGGGAUGGGGUGGAGCUGCUGAUCCGUGAUGGACGGCGAGAAGUGCGUGGAAGAUGCUUCAAUGACUACUUCUGGUACCCGCCAGCGUGUCGUGAGAACUCCUCGAGGUGCGUGCUCUUCGUCACUGCUGGCAAUGGCUGGAAUUUGGAAGAAACGAUGCAAAAAUCCACAGCAUGGAAUAUGCCACUGGCGCCUGUUGUGGCCAAAAAUUGGUCGGUCUACACGUACUUGCCAUUGCAAGUGCGCAGCACCUUCUACUGGUGGGUGCCUGAUCCCACGUUCAUCAGCUUGAAGCCCAUGGAGAUUACCUUCCCUCCGUUCGAUCGCCAAGCGCAUAUCCGCGGAGACAAGCGCACCGCCCCCAGCGCUCUGACGGUGGACAAGUAUGUGAGCCAGGAUCUGAGCCAGUUGGCUCCGUCAGCAGAGGAAAUGGUUCGGGCCAUGCUGAUCGAUUUGCAGAUGGUGAAUGACAUGCUGUUGGAUCAGGUGCAGACAGGAGACUCAUAUCGGGAAGUGGCAUGCCGAUGGAUUCAGUCCAACCAGGAGGUGUGGAGAAGCUGGUUGCCAGAUCCCACCACCUGCUUUGCCCAAUUCGGACUCUAUCAUGAAAAGAGCGGUCAAUAUGUGGCAGAUCGAGGGGAUCCUACUGAUCUUUCAUGCAAGGCUUGCUUGUCUGGCACCUACUCCCAUAAGCUCGUCGACCUCCAAGGCUUGACAUUUAACUGUUUACCUUGUCCCACCGGCAGCGCGCAACCUUCCGGUGCAUCUCUGAACUGUGAGCAGUGCCAACGUGGCGAGUAUCAAGAUGAGCCUGGAAGUAAGGCCUGCAAGCGCUGUGGCAUCGGUGAAUACCAAGAUGAAGAGGGUCAGACUGGCUGCAAGCCAUGCCCGCCGGGCACCACGACCCUUGGUUUCGGAUCGAAAUCAGCUCAAGAAUGUGGCUGCGACGUGGGAAGCAUCAACAGCAUGGAGGAAGAGGAAGCUGUGAUGUGUGUACCGUGUAUGGAAGGCUUGCAUUGUCCUUUCGGCUCCAAUCUCCCAGAUCUGAGGAGAGGCCACUCAACGCUGGGAGAGGCGUAUGUGCCGCAGCUCAAGAAGGGCUUCUUUGCCACUCUGGAGCAUCCCAUCAACGUCUUCAAGUGUGGCACAGAGAGCCAUUGUCCCGGAGGACAGCCCAACUCCUGCGCUGAGGGCCGCCAGGUGACGCCCUGUUCCGAAUGCCCUCGCGGUACGUCAUGGGUUGAUGAGACAUGUGCUCAAUGCGCGGCCGUGACCAUGGUCUUAUGGGUGUUGGUGGUCAUCCUCUUCUUUGUCGGUCUGACGAUGGCAUACUAUCUCAUGAACCCGGAGAUCAGGUCCAUAGCGACACCCAGGGAAGCGAUGGGCAUGUCUUUGAGUUUGACCGUGGCGUUUUUGCAGUGCGUCGCCAUUAUGGGUUUGAUGACAGUGAAGUGGCCCAACUCCUUCCAAGCAGUGUCGCUGACUUCAAAGCCUUUCAUGCUGGACAUCGAGGACUUCUCCUUUGCGUGCUUGGCCGAUGGCCCCACCUCAGUUCGCUAUGUCUCGACGAUCUUGGUCUUUCCGGCUGGGAUCCUGUAUCUGGUUUGGUGCUAUUUUGCGUCCUCCAGAAUCCCCUGCUGCUACAAUUGGUCGAAGAAGAAGAUGCAGAACACGGUGGGACAUUUUAUCCAGGUGGGAUUCAGCACAAUGUCAGCACUGGCCUUGGACCCUUUGAUGUGCUACACUCAUCCCAACGGACAGCAGAGUUUGUUGCAACAUCCGGGCGUUCUUUGCGGCACCCAGGAGCACUCUAUGAUGAUGCUGGCUGGUUUCGUUUUACUCUUCUGUGGUGUCUUCAGUUUCCUGGCUGUGUGCACCCUGGCCGUCAUCAAGCUUCCAGGAUGGAGUGUCUCCAGUGGCACCACUGUCCAGAGCUUUGCCUUUCUCUUCACGCGCUUCCGGCCGAAUCGCUGGUGGUAUGGCGUGCCGUUGCUACUCCGUGGCCCCUUGCUGUCCUUUUGCGUGGUCGCGUUCACGGACUUCCCACCAGCGCAGACCACAGGUGGAAUCGUGAUCAUCCUGGGUUUUCUCCUCCUGCAGGUGAUGGCCUGUCCCUGGAAGCUGCCCUUGUUGAACGUGUUAGACACCUGGGUCUUUGCCCAUUUGCUGCUGCUCCAGAGUCUCACGACAUCAGCGGCAUCAGAAGAAGACCAGGACUUGCACUUCUUUCAGGAGGCGAGGGGUGGUGUUCGGAGAAGCCCUUGGGUUUACCAACACAUACACAACCAGGGCAACUAUGUCCAUGCAUUCAACUUCCACCAGUCGUUUCAAAGACAAAGACUCAUUAUAGUAUCAUCAUAG